GUGAUCGGCGCCGCGGCGAUGGAGGCGGACACAGAGCCGGGUGCUCCCGCUCACCUGGGCCCGACACCGGCACCGACACCGGCCUCCGCUCUGCCUCCCGCUCACCUGGGCCCGGCACCAGCACCGGUCUCCGCUCUGCCUCCCGCUCACCUGGGCCCGGCACCGACACCGGCACCGACACCGACACCGGCCUCCGCUCUGCCUCCCGCUCACCUGGGCCCGGCACCGACACCGGCCUCCGCUCUGCCUCCCGCUCACCUGGGCCCGGCACCGGCACCGCCACCGACACCGGCACCGGCCUCCGCUCUGCCUCCCGCUCACCUGGGCCCGGCACCGACACCGGCCUCCGCUCUGCCUCCCGCUCACCUGGGCCCGCCACCGGCACUGGCACCCGCACCCCGGGCCCGGCACCGGCUCCGGCCUCCGCACCCGCACCCCUGGGCCCGGCACCGGCACUGGCACUGGCCUCCGCACCCGCUCACCUGGGCCCGGCACCGACACCGGCACCGACACCGACACCGGCACUGGCCUCCGCACCCGCACCCCUGGGCCCGGCACCGACACCGGCCUCCGCUCUGCCUCCCGCUCACCUGGGCCCGCCACCGGCCCCUUCUCCCCUAGCCCCGGCACCUUCUCCCCUGGCCCCGGCAGUGAUGGAGGUGGACGCAAAGCAGGGCGCUCUCGCUUCCCUGGGCCCGUCCACAGCGCCCUCUCUCCCGGACGCUCCCGCUCCCCCAGAGGCCCCGGUGCCACCAUCAUCGGCCGCGUCCCCCGCGCAGUCCCCGGCCCUGGGCAGCCAGCGCCUCCUGUUUGUGGAUGACCUGGUGUCGGGCACCUACAAGGGGGCUCUGCGGCACGGCAUCGUGGGCCUGAUUCAUGGCGAGGUGAGCAGCGGCGAGAGCUCGGACACGGACGAGGAGGGAGGCGGCCGUGAGCGGCCUCUCAAGAAGGGCUACGUGCGGGUGCAGUGGUACCCGGAGGGCGGCAAGCAGGACGUGAAGGAAUUGAAGCUGAAACUAGAAGACCGCUCACUAAUGCCUCGUGACUUGGUGCGUCGUAUGGGCCCAAAUACUGAUAAUCAGUGUGGAACAGUGAUUGAUGUGAAUAUGGAAUGCACAUUGAAGAUUCUGGGAACAAAUUACAUUCUCCACCCUGUCAACAGCAGAGAUUUGCAGCAUAUUUGGCCAUUUGUCUAUGGCGACUAUAUAGCCUUUGAUUGCUGGCUUGGGAAGGUUGACAACAUCGUUGCCCAGUUGAUCCUAAAACUAUCAAAUGGAGCCAGGUGCUCAAUGACUACGAGUGAUGGCAGUAAGUUGGUUGAUCUUUGUCCCCAUGUCAGUGACUCGGGCCAGUUCUUUGAUGAAUCCUAUGGGUUUUAUCCAGGACAGAUGUUGUUUGGAGCAGCUAAAGUUUUCUCCAAUGUGCAAUGGUUGUCUGGUGUCCGACCAGUACUGAGCAAAAAGAGCAAGUUUAAAGCAGUUGUUGAAGAGGUACAGGUGGUGGAACUUCGAGUUUCUUGGAUCACAAAGAGCUUUUGUCUUGGGGGGAGUGAAAGUGUUUAUCCACCAUCUCCAGUUAUUACACAGGAUAAUUUGCCCAGGGUGAAACGCUUGAACUGUUAUGACCAUGCUCGCAUGGUCCUAGCAGAACGGGCAGUGUAUGUGCUCCCAGGAGAUCCUGAAUGUACUACUAUCUCUUCAGAAGGUCCAGAAGGAAAUUCCAUCAUUGCUGUGAAUUCUGUUGUCAGAAAGGUUAAAAGGCUCUUUGACAAAGAGAUGGUGAAGAAAGUUCUGAAUAAUGUGGACUUCCAGGAAGUGGAUCGUGUAGACAAGUUCACCGUUGCUUUGGGAGACGGCUCCGUCAUGGUUACCUCAUCUAUUUCGGGACUCAGUGGUUCCAAACCAAGAUUGGGUUGGGAGGGACCCACCCAGAUAGCCAUUGGAGUGAAAUCACAGUCAUUUAAUGGGGUUGUACAGAAGGAAUCACUUCUAAGCAAUGGUCCUGUCCCCACUAAUGGUAACUUGCAAAACCAGUUGGAAGAAAGAAUGAGAAGUGGGAACUGGAAAGAUAUUGGGCAGCCGGCAGUGAUUGUGGAAGAUGAUUCAUUGGGAUGGAAUCAGGCUACAAAGCUGCAGUUUACAGAACAGGAUGCAGAUGACGAAGGUGCUGAUGACACUGAUGAAACCAGCUCCAUUUCUUCUUCUGCAAGUUCAACUGCAUCAUCGCAAAGUGGUGGACAAGGUCGCAAAAAAAGUAUCCCACUUUCUAUAAAAAACCUGAAAAAGAAGCACAAGAAGAAAAAAAACAAACCUUCUAGAGAGUUCAAACCAGGUGACAGAAUUGCUGUUGAGAUUCUAAAAACCAGCACUAGUGUGGAUGUGAUGUGGCAAGAUGGAACUGUGGAGAAAAGCCUUCGAUCCAAUGACUUGCUGCCAGUCCAUCACGUGGAUAACAAUGAGUUCUGUCCUGGAGAUUUUGUGUUGGAUAAGCGUGCUCAAGAUUCCCAGGAAGUUGGUGUGUAUGGUGUUGUCCAAUCUGUUGAUCACAUUGGCCGGACGUGCUCCGUAAAAUGGUUCAGACCAAAGGCAAAUGGUAGUGAGAUUGAGGAGCUGGGCCAGGAGGAAGAUAUUAGUGUUUAUGACAUUGCUGACCAUCCAGAUUUCCACUUCCGCAUUACUGACAUUGUGAUCCGUAUUGGAAAUGUUGAAGAAGGCCGAGCUGCUCUGAAGGUUGAUGAGGAACCAUCUGUUGGUCAAGUAUCUCGAGUUGAUGUCAGUGGGAAGGUUGAAGUAGUCUGGGCAGAUAACUCCAAAUCUAGUAUACUACCUCAGCAUUUGUAUAAUGUCGAGUCUGACAUUGAAGAAUCGGACUUGGACUCUCUGGAUGGCACCUCCACUGGGGAAACAUCGGAUGAGUGGGAAGAUGAGAGUGACAGCUGGGAAACAGACGAUGGGAUGACUGAGGAUGAGAAUACAAAAGGCAGUGAGGCACUUGAAGUUGGAAUAGAGGUGGCAGCACAAUUGGACGAAAGCAAGAGCGAGAUGGACCAAGUGCAGGGAGCUGGUGCAGUUGCAAGUAGUUCAAAUUUGGAUAAAAUUACAAAGGAUGGUUCUCCCAAAGGCUUUCAUGAGAUAAAGGAAGCCAUCAAAAUUUUGGAAAGCUUAAAGAAUAUGACAGUAGAGCAAUUAUUGACUGGCUCUGCCACCUCCCCAACAAUGGAACCAGAAAAACAAACUAAGGAGAAGAAGUUUCGAGAUGAUAUCAAGAAGUUGCAAGAAACUCUUCAGAAGACGCUGGACAAUGUAGCCAUAGUGGAGGAAGAGAAGAUGGAAGCUGUUGUGGAAACUGAGAGCAAGGAAGAAAAGGUAGAUGUGCAAGUCCCCGUUAAGUCUGAGUGGUCCAGUGAUACACCUGUGCUUUGUCAGCAGAGCAGCAAGCCUGGAGUUACAUUCACCAGCGCAAAGGGUGAAGUCUUCUCUGUACUUGAAUCAGUACCAGAGAGCCAUGCAUUCAAAAAAAUGGAAUUCCAGCCAGCAGAUUCAAAGAGGUUCUUCAGCACUGUGAGAAAAGAGAUGGCAUUGCUUGCGACUGCACUUCCUGAUGGCAUUAUGGUCAAAACAUUUGAGGACAGAAUGGGAACAGAGAGGUGGACAACUAAAUCCAGCCUUCUCCAGGUGCUCAUAUCGAUUCAAGGACUGAUCCUGGUGAAUGAACCAUACUACAACGAGGCUGGCUUUGACAGUGAUCGUGGCCUUCAAGAGGGCUAUGAAAAUAGUCGCUGUUACAACGAGAUGGCUCUGAUAAAACUGGUGCAAUCUAUGACGCAGCUCAUUCAGAAACCUGUCGAAAUAUUUGAACAGGAAACAAAAGAGCAUUUUUAUACCAAUGGCUGGCGUCUUUUGAACAGAAUGGAAUCUUGGUUGGAAAUCAAUGAAAUGAUCCAAAGAAGCAGUGAAGUUAGUGCUGAAGAUGUGUCUGUUCAUAGCUGCCCAUCCGAUGUGGGGGAUCUCUCUCCAUCUGCUGCUUCACAGAUGCUUACAGAAUCUGUUCAGGUCAUCAAGGAGCCCAAUAUGGAGAAUUCUCAAGUUCAUGUUAGUGGUGUAGAGCAGAGGUUGUUGGCAGAAGCUGAUUCAGAGGAGAGUGUAUGUCUGGAGAUGGAUUCUACUGAUCAAUUGCAGGCUACAGCUGAGACUUCCCUAACACCAGAACAGAAGGCUUCGUCCCAAGCUAUUGUCAAGCCAAAAAGGCGGCGAAAGAGUUAUCGUAGCUUUCUCCCUGAGAAGCGAGGUUACCCUGACAUAGGUUUCCCUCUGUUUCCCCUCUCCAAAGGGUUUGUGAAAAGCAUCUGUGGCUGCCUACAGCGAUACAAGGUAACCUUAAUACAAUCUGGAAUUCCAGAGAGGAGAGAAGAAAGAUGAGCAUCUACACCACAGGUUUACAAACUUUUCUAGACUUUUGAUAAUUGUGUAAUAAAAGCAAAAGGAUAGUGAGCAAAUCAAGGCUGCUCGCAUUUUGUAUCUGGAGUGGAGUAGAAUGAAUGUGCGUUACUUCAGGGAGCAAAGCCCGAGCGAGCCUGAGCAUUUUAAUGCAUGAUACACUUGGUAAAUUGCAUCCCUGCUGCAAAAUGGCUGCACAAAGAGACCAUAAGAUGUAAAAAACUGAUAAAUGUUUCUCCCAAUAACAUUAAAGUGGAGUUUAUAGCUUGAUGUAUACAGUAUUUAAUCCAGAUGUAAAUGUCUACACAUGUGGACUUGUAUUAAGUUCAGAAUGCUUGAUUGCUUCCUAUUUAUGUAGAAAUUGUGAGAGUGCGUGCUUUAUUUUUAAAAAUUUAUUUUUGGUUGCCUUACACUAGUGUAAAAUAAGACUUUACAAUUAAAUUGGCCUUAAGAUGUCACCGAAUAUGGGUUUCCACAUUUAUUUUCUCACUGUACCGAUUGUUGCAACAUUGGCGUAACGUGAUGAAUAAAGAAAUCACUUGCAUGAUGCAACAUUUAGACAAGCAA